AUGAUCCAAAAACCAAUCGAAACUUCUGUGUUGGCAAAAGAUGCUCAUGUUGAAUUUAUUAAAUCGACUCUUAAAGAGAUACCUACUCCUUUUACUGCAUUAGAUUCAAGUAGAUCUUGGUUAUCAUUUUGGAUUUCGAAUUCCAUGUCGAUGCUCAAUGCGCCUUUCGAAGAAACCGAACAUAAAGCUUUAAUCGAUACUAUCUUAUCAUUCCAAGAUCCUAAUGGUGGUUUUGGUGGAGGUCCAGGACAAAGUGCUCAUCUAGCUUCUACCUUUGCUUGUACAUUAGCUUUAUCAUCAUUACUAGCUAAAUCCGAAGCUGAUCUCGUUCAACAAACUUGGUCAAAAGUCAAUCGAGAUGGAAUGUAUGAAUGGAUCUUAACUCUCAAACAAUCUAAUGGUAGUUUUCUUAUGCAAAAGAAUGGAGAAUCAGAUGUUAGAAGUUGUUAUUGUGUAUUGAUCGUUUCAACUUUACUUAAUUUCUUAACACCUGAAUUAGCCAUCGGUUUACCUGAUUUUGUUGCUGAUAGUCAAACUUAUGAAGGUGGUUUUAGUUCUGGAUCAUCAACCCUCAAAUCCCUCUCAAACAGCCAACCAUUCGGAUCCGUUCCUCUUGGUGAAUCUCAUGGUGGUUAUACUUCUUGUGGUGUACUUUCACAUUUCCUUUUGAAAAGCUUAUCAAACACGAUUCCAAUCACCUCGAUCGACUAUGAAGCUUGUUGGCGUUGGUUAACGAGUAUGCAAGGAUUACCGAUCGAAGGUGGUGGGUUCAGAGGUAGAAGUAAUAAAUUAGUAGAUGGUUGUUAUGCUUGGUGGUGUGGUGGUCUUUUCCCUGUGAUUGAGAAUUUAAUCCAAGAAGAAAUCAAUCAAUCCAAAAUUGAAGAUGAAAAAGAUGUAUUCGAGUUUUCUAAUUCGUCAUACGAUCGUCGAGGAUUACAAGAAUAUGUACUUUUAGCUUCUCAAGGUCAACCAAUACCCGAAGGAAAAGGAGGACUACGAGACAAACCAUUUAUGGGAGUCGAUAUUUAUCAUACUCAUUAUGUACUUUCUGGUUUAUCAUCUUCUCAACAUUUUCAUCAAUUCUCUUUAGAUAAAUUACAAGAUCUUGAUCGAAAGUUUAAUUCUGAAAUCGUGUUGAAGAAUGGAAUUAAAGGUUUAAAUGAAACUGAUCAAAUCGGAAUCGAAAGAAUGAAAAAGAUUUAUUUGAAUUCAUUGGCUUGGAUAGAUGUGAAGGAAAACCAAUUGGUGAUUGGUUUAGAUGAAAAUCUUAUUGAAUCUAUUCAUCCGGUUUUUAAUAUUUCUAAUCAAGCUGUUCAAGUCACUAUGAAUUACUUUUAUUCUCAAACUUGA